UACGGUACGUGCGGCGGGCGCCGCUGCACAGAGGCGAGGGAAGAGCCGGGCGAGCAAGUCUGGAGCGCGAGUCCUGCCCGGGAAACUUAGCGCCGAGCCAGCACAGCGCCCGGCGAGGAGGAGGAGGAGGAGGAGGAAGAAGCAGCAGGGGCCACCUCGCCAUGCCGGCCGCAGCGGGCGAUGCGAUGGCCAGCCGGGGGCUCUGAGGGCCACGGCGGCGGCAUGGCGAGCCCCGGCGCCCCGCCGGCCGCCUCGGGGGCUUAGGCGCCGGCGCCCCUCACCCUGGUCUCUGGUCAUGCCUGGCGCCGCUCCCGCGCCCUGAGCCCGCCGGCGCGUCCCGCCACGCCGGCCUGCCCCGCGCAGCAGCCCCGCCGGGGGGUGCGGGAAGCGGCGCCGCGAACUUCUGCAGCGGUGCCCCGGCCGGGGCGCCCGGGCGCGCUGAAUUUGGGCUUAAAAGCGACGGUUUGGGGCAAGCGCCGAAGAUGCCGUUCCACCCGGUGACGGCGGCGUUGAUGUACCGGGGCAUCUACACCGUGCCCAACCUCCUGGCCGAGCAGCACCCCGUGGAGAUCCCCGAGGACGAGCUGGAGGAGAUCCGCGAAGCCUUCAAGGUGUUCGACCGCGAUGGCAACGGCUUCAUCUCCAAGCAGGAGCUGGGCACGGCCAUGCGCUCCCUGGGCUACAUGCCCAACGAGGUGGAGCUGGAGGUCAUCAUCCAGCGCCUCGACAUGGACGGUGACGGCCAGGUGGACUUCGAGGAGUUCGUGACGCUGCUGGGGCCCAAGCUGUCCACCUCGGGCAUCCCUGAGAAGUUUCACGGCACAGACUUCGACACCGUCUUCUGGAAGGGUGGCGCGGGGGCAUCCCCGGCGGCGUCCCCGGAGCGAGGCCGCCGUGCCCUCCCGCUCCCGCAGUGUGACAUGCAGAAGCUGACGGUGGACGAGCUGAAGCGGCUGCUCUACGAGACCUUCUGCGAGCACCUCUCCAUGAAGGACAUUGAGAACAUCAUCAUGACGGAGGAGGAGAGCCACCUGGGCACGGCCCAGGAGUGCCCCGUUGACGUGGAGACCUGCUCCAGCCAGCAGAUCCGGCAGACCUGCGUGCGCAAGAGCCUCAUCUGCGCCUUCGCCAUCGCCUUCAUCAUCAGCGUCAUGCUCAUCGCUGCCAACCAGGUGCUGCGCAGCGGCAUGAAGUAGCGGCGCCUGCCCCGGGGUCCGCCGCCUCCGGGCAGCCACACCAAGACAGACAGAGAGAUAAAUAUAUAUAAAAAUAUAUAUAUUUAAACCAUCUGCAUCCCAGGAGGGGAGAAAAAGGUGCAGGGGAAGAUGCUGAGCCCCGGGGCGUCGCAUGGCUGUUUGCAGAAUGUGUAACCUUGGGAAAGAACCGGAGAAACUGAAAAAAAACAACAAAACAAGAAAAACUCUACCAAAAAAAAAAUAACUAAAGUGCAUGCACCAUGCAUGGAGCGCGCGUCCCACCCGCCCUCCCUCCGAGCCGGGCGGCGAAACGGCACCGGCGUUUCUGCCCGGCUCCCCGGACCCGCCGGAUGUAACGCUAAUAUAGUCUCUGUAUCUAUGAUCCGGACCGAAAUGGUGCCGGAAGCAAUACACGCGCGAGAUGUUUCCUCUUCCGAGACCGGAGCGUUUGCAUGGACUUGGCUACCAAGGGCUGGAUGUCACCUCUUGCCACCACCGCCCCCCCAAUCGUGGCCCCCCCCCCGCCCCGCGGCGCCGCAGCCGGCCCCCCCGGGCCAUGCCGUGCCUCAGUUUCCCCAUCUGUAAAAUGGGGUUGACGAUGCUGCCCUCUGCUCGAUGCACUUUGAGAUGAGCUGCUGGGAAGAGGCGGCCCAGGGCCCGGAGCCGGUGCGGAGCUGCCGCACGCCCUGGGGGCACCCGAAAUGCCCUGCCCCCCCCC